AUGGCGACCCCGUGGCCCCAGGACGAAAUUUGGCCCACUGAUUACCGAGAGCACGCCACAAAUUUGAGCAAAUAUCUUCAAAAGGCACUGUCAGCCAUCGACAAUGGAGAUGGUCUGCCUGUCGCAUCCCGUGGAGUUCAAGUUGCACUUAUUGGAGCUCUCACCCUCAUCGUCAAAAUGCAGAGCACACCCGAUCUUGGUCACGUUUACGAAGCCGUGAAAAACGGCCAAGCUGAAAUAAAAACCGCAGCAGAAAAUUUAGCGCAACACAUCAACAGCCUCAAAAAUGAUCUCAAUGAAACAAACACCCAAGCUCAACAAACCAUGGAAGAAGUCCAGCGCAGUUCGGAGAUUACGACAGAUGCAAAAGCGGCUGCAAAGGAAGCCACAGAGAUCGGUAAAGCAACGAUGAAAAUGAUCAGAGACAUGAAGCUCGUAAGCCAGCAGAACCAAGCCAACGCCAUGCCUACCUACGCCAACGUGCUGGCGAGGGGAGGGCUAGCGGCAAGCAUGCAUAACCCACAGAACCAGAAAGCGUCACCUGUUCAGACCCUGCGUGAGAUUAUCAUCAACAUCAGAGACCCUGUCACUAUAGCCAACAUCAGAAUGAUGAGCCCACGCAGCCUGAAGUCACAUAUAGACCUCGCAAUCGAGCAAAGCAGCAACGAACACAUAGAGAACAUUAAGGUAGUAUCCUCCAAUCAGCUUAAGAGCGGUGACCUGAGCAUCAAGACGGCCACUACAGCGGACAUGGUGGCGCUUAGACAGAUACUUCAGGAUAACAAGCCCUUUAUACCAAAUGCAGAGAUUAAGUACAUAGGCUGGCUGAUGAGAUCUUCGUCUACCAAAUCAGCAUCUUCGGUCGUGGUUAAGUUCACGAGACCAGAAGAUGCAAAUAAAGUCAUCGAUGAGGGCCUUAUCUGGCAAGGCGAGGUAUUCCAAUGCGAGCUCUAUGACAGACAGUGCCGUGUGAGACAAUGCUUCCAGUGUCACAAAUACGGCCACAUAGGAACCCAGUGCAAAGCAACAAUAACAUGCGGCUACUGUGCGCAAGAUCAUGCCACCCGGGAUUGCCCAACCAAGAGCGACAGGAAUGCCCCGCGAAAAUGCGCGGCCUGCAACGGCCCUUACGAAGCCUGGAACAACCAAUGCCCUACCAGGAAACAGGAGGUGAACAAGGCCAAGGCAGCCUUUAAAUCGAGACCCAGGUACUACUUAGAACUAGAAAGCUUUGUCGCCAGCACCACGACCGGAAUUAGAACAAGGGAUCGGCAAAAUGAAUCAAACCCGAUCGCCAGGACAGGACGACCCACCUUGGAACCAGGCCGGCCACGGGACGCCAACUCGUCCCGGAGUAGAUCGCCGACGAAGAAGCAACAGAAGAGAGCGAAUUGCAGCAACAACCAGGUAACACCUGAUGAUCCCAGAAACGAGAUCGUCGUGAACAUAGGGAGCCAGCGACCUAGAUGA